GCGUCGCUGUUUCCGACAGUUCCGUCAUUCACACACUUCAAACAUGGAGUCUAUAUUUCACGAAAAACAGGAGGGCUCUCUGUGCGCGCAGCACUGCCUGAAUAACCUGCUGCAGGGCGAGUACUUCAGCCCGGUGGAGCUCUCCUCUAUAGCACAGCAGCUGGAUGAGGAGGAGCGCAUGCACAUGGCGGAGGGAGGAGUGCAGACGGAGGAGUACCGCACAUUCCUCCAGCAGCCGUCAGGGAACAUGGACGACAGCGGCUUCUUCUCCAUCCAGGUGAUCAGCAAUGCUCUGGGUGUGUGGGGUUUGGAGAUCGUCCUCUUCAACAGCAGAGAGUACCAGCAGCUGCUGAUGGAUCCCAUACAUGAGAAAGCCUUCAUCUGCAACUAUAAGGAGCACUGGUUCACUGUGCGCAAGCUGGGACAGCAGUGGUUUAACCUGAACUCUCUGCUGACGGGUCCUGAGCUGAUCUCAGACACAUACCUGGCCCUGUUCCUCGCACAGCUGCAGCAGGAGGGUUACUCUAUAUUUGUGAUUCGGGGGAAUCUGCCGGAGUGUGAAGCGGAUCAGAUUCUGCGCAUCAUGAGGGUGGAGCAGCAGCAGCGGCCUAAGCUGAUCGGAGAGGAGGAGGCGCAGAGGAUGUCAGCGCCGCACGCGUCCGACACCACACACACUACAGAGCAGCCGCUGCUGGAUGAGGAUGAGGAGGAGCUGAGGAAGGCUCUCGCUCUCAGCAGACAAGACCUGCAGGUGGAGGAUGAGGAGGCAGACCUGCGCAGAGCCAUACAGAUGAGCAUGCAGGGCAGCAGUGAUGCGGGAUCCUCUGCUCCAGCAGGGGGCAGCGGUGAGAAGCAGACACUCAGUGCAGAGGAGCUGCGCAGGAGGAGACAGGCCUACUUCGACAGGCAGCAGAACGCGCAGGACAGCAGCAGCAGCACAGGCGGCGGGACGGACAGCGGGCCCAAACCCACCCAGUGACGUUGCCGUGGCGACGGUGACAGAAGCACCGCUCGCCCUGAACACGCCCCCUGUGGGGAUGAUGGGAACGACGCCUCGGCUCAGCACAGCUCCGGCCGGCGGGCUCAUUAACGGACGCUCGUUUCGCUUUGCUUGGCCUCUGUGUGUGGAGCGGGACAUUCCUCUUCCUCAGACCGCCUUCAGUGCACACCAGAGCCAGGCACGGACACGCCCAAGUGCAUUCUGGGACCAUUCGGGCUCUACUGGGUUUCUGGAUCUUUCCUCUUCUCCUCUGUGAUUUACCGUGUGUGUGUGUGCGUGUGUGUGUUUGUGUGUGUGUGUGUGUGUGAGUGUGUUUGAUCUAUUCACUAAUGAAGGUAGACUCUCACGCGCUCUAGGUAGUAAACACUGUGUGCGUGAGGGCGGAGCUCACAGAGGCCGGACCAGAGAAUCAACAUGUAAUGAUUUCAACCAAUCAGGAGUCUGUGUGAUGAUUUCAGCCAAUCAGGAGUCUCUGUGAUGAUUUCAGCCAGUCAGAACGCUUCAGUCACUCACGGCUCGUCCCUCAGCCGCUCACAGGCUCUGCUUCUCUUCAUUUGAUUUCUGUGGUUUGACAUUCAGCAAUAGUUUGUAAGUGAUCUCGAUUACUCUUGCACUUCUCUAUACACUUCUGUUUUCUUAAAUAAAAGACUGGGUUUCCUCAGAGUGGACUUGAA